AGAAACUGCCUGAUUCACCAACCAAAAACAAUGGUUUAAUUACAUAUCUUUUAUUUUCAUAUAUAAGUCAAUUUUAGCAAUUAAAAAUAUACAUGCGCGUGUUUGGUAUGUAAUGGUUUCAUGACGCACACUUACUCAAGAUUAUAUGGCUCAGGUUUCUGCUGAACCUUUAUCGCAUCUCAUGUUUUCUCUAUAAAUACUCCCCAAAUACUAACCUAAAUCUCAUACAAGUUCCUCCCAUCUUAAGUCAUCACCUCUCUCGCGAUAUAUUUGAUCUGAUCUACUUAAUAACUAACAGAAACCGUAUAGUACUUAGUCAUAUCAUAAAAUGGCUAAGUUCACAACUUUCUUCUUUAUCAUUGUUCUCCUCCUCUGCUCCACGCAAACAAACGCAUCAGCCCAGCCUACUCCAACGUCCGUUUAUCCGGGAGAAAUCUCCGUUGAGAAAUUAGAACAAGGAGAGGAAAACUGCGAAGGUGUUGGAGAAGAAGAGUGCUUCUUGAUACGAAGAACUUUGGCUGCUCAUACUGAUUACAUCUACACACAAAACCACAAUCCCUAAAUGAUUAAUUAGCUUAUAAUCAUUCAUUGGAAUACUUUGGUAAUGAUAUAUUGUAUCAUUGUAUUUUCUUUAUUAUCAGUCAAACUACUUCACAUUUGUAUUUAUCUAUAUCACUUGAUCUGAAAAUAUGUGUAUUGAUUAUUAGUGGAAAAGUUAGGUACUAGUAGUAUGGUUUCUUUUUCGACUAUAAUACGAAGUGAUACCUAGCUAGUCACUCUGUUUCUAAA